AUAUUUUCUAUAACCAGAUAGAGUUGUAGUUUGGCUCGCCUAGCAUUUAUCAAAAUUUAAAGUAUUGAAAAAAAAGAGUAAAAAGAUGAGGCCCCUGAAAUCUUCCCGUAAGAAACGCCUUGUGCCGCUCUCAUCGGAUCUAAACAAGGACAUGAGGAAUGAGUACCAAAGACCAGCCGGAAAUCAUCGAGAGGUCGAGUGUGUGGGCGAUAGCAGAGAAACUGGAAGAGGAAUGCCCUCCACUUUCCCACAACCACUACCUCUAGAAAUCAGGCGACGCGUUGAGGGAUUGGCCGAAGGACCCCUUGUUUUAUCACCUCCUCCCGUUUCAUUGACCAUCUCACCCAAAUCCAAACCGAAGUCAAGGAAAGUCAGACCCAUCAAGGAGCAGAAAUUGGAGGAUUCC